AUGACUGACGACGAUAUUACUGAAGAACAUUCAUUUGGAUCUUGCUUGCAACCGUUAGCAUUAACUGCUGGGAAUACAAUAUUUUCAUCAAAAACAAUCAAACACAGAACACCUCCCUUUCCAGUCACAUCAAAUUACCAUCCAUCGCUGGACUCAUUAGCUCAAUCAUUCCUACACUUAGAUCCUAAAUUAAUUCAAACCGAAGAAUAUGAUCCAUCCAACAAAUCAUUAUCAUAUAAAACGUUUUAUGAGAAUUGGUUACGCUACUUUUAUCUCUUAGUUCAACAGAAUAAUUUACACAAUAGUAUAGAUUCGAUUGAAGAACUUCAAAAACAAAUUCAGAUUUAUAAUAAUAAAUACAAAGUGUUUGUGACAACAGGUAAUUCAAACAACGAAGCUGACUGCAAUAACAAUAAUAAUAAUUUAUCAAAUACACACUUUCGAGCAAAUACGAGGGAUGAUCUAUUAACAGAUCAAAUUGGUGGCAGUUUGACUUCACAGGAUCAAUAUAAGUGUGAACAAAUUUCCAACCAACAAAAAACUAUUUCAUCGCACAUAAAGAACAACUUACUUAUUAACAAUCGAUCGGUAGCAUAUGAUUCAGAUAGUGAAUGUGAAUCCCUGCUAUCAAAUUUAAAUCAAGACUUAGUCGAUUCAAAGACUGCUUCAAAUGAUCAAACAGAUAAUUCGUCUUUACGCACUUCAUCAAAAUCACAAAGAUUGAAAACGAUGAUACAAGAGAAGGAAGAUAGAAUUUCACUUAAUGAUGAUUUGGCGGAAAUAUAUGAAUUUGCACACUUGUUUAAAUUGCGUAGACUCAGUUUGGGUUUGACACAGACACAAGUUGGAGCUUCUUUAAAUGCCAAAGAAGGACCUGCCUAUAGUCAAAGUGCAAUCUGUCGAUUCGAGAAACUUGAUGUAACUUUAAAAUCCGCAAAACGAAUGAAACCUGUCUUAGAACGUUGGUUAUCUGAAACCCAGGCAAUGCAUCACAAUGGAGCAAAUGAUGCCUUUGGAGCUCAACUUGUACACCGACCACCUAGGAAGCGUAAACGUAGAACCUGUUUCAGUACUAAAGCACUAAAGUGUUUAUUGCACCAACUUGAGAGGAAUCCUUACCCAACAAAAGCUGAAAUGACUGAGUUAGCCAAAGCCUUGACUUAUGAUCGUGAAGUUAUUCGUGUUUGGUUUUGUAAUAGGCGCCAAGCCAUUAAAACCACUGAAAAGCAAACAACAUCUAUUCACCUUUAA